AUGGAUUGCAAGGAACGCUCACGCCUCAUGAACAAGAUGAAGGCCAUUGGCGAGACUGUGUUUGCGACGUCUUCUGUCGAAGCCACGUCAAGCUGGAAGAGCAAUAAGCCUGAGGUGGAGCCACAGUCGCCGCUACCUGCUACCACUCCAGCUGGAACCCUUACCGACCCUGUGGACAGUGUGCCAAAUGCACUCUCGCAGGAGAAGGGUGUCAAGAUCCUUUGGCAGUGGAUGUCAGCACCAGACAAACCUGUCAACCUGGGAAGCGAGGGUGUAAAGACGAUCACUUUUGACGAGGCCACUCAUCUCUCGUUUGCAAGAUCCUACAUUUAUAUCAAGACCAGUAUGGUGGUCCAACAUUUCCUACGAGAAUUUGUAUAUAAGGAAGCCAAGAGAGGCGUGAAAAAGCAUUCCUCCGUCUUCGGCAUGGCUGAAGCUGGUCAGCAACAGUUCAUUCAGCAUUUUACAGGGAACAUCAACAAGACGGCUUGCUUGUACGCAAAGGUCAAGGUUAAGAAAGCAGAUGUCACUGCUGAUCAACUCUACGCCUGCGCUUCACGUAAGUAUUACAACCGCAUUUGCCUUCGCGAAACCGACAAAGACCAGAUCUACAUUGCACCACUCGGUCCAGAGAUUGGUGCACAGGGCGCUGACCUCACUGAGCUGGGUGCUUGGGCUCCUCGUCCUACCGAAGACAUGAAAGGCUAUGGCGCGGUCUGA